UCUUCUCUGUUUGGCGUAUCCCAAAAUAUAAUUCUCAUUCAAUGCAAUUCUUCGGUCAAAUUCCUAAGGCCACGAGAUUUUCGUUGUCGUAAUAACGCGUUAUUUUUCUCCUCUUCCAACCUACCAAAUCAUAUAUUAGUAUUCACCAAACCAAUUUCAUUUUUAGUUCAAUUAAAAUAUUUAUAUUUGUAAUUAUUCAAAUUAACUCCAACACAAACCAAUUGCAUUCCCUCUCUAAACCCUUCUCUUUUUCUACACCUUAACUAUCUUGCUUUCUUCAUCUUUUGUCAAAACCUUAUCUCUAAUCACUUGUUUAUAAUAUAUAUUUAUACAUAUAUAUAAUUUUUUUUUUCUAGCAAGAAGAGUAUUUCUAUAAUUUUCUUGCGCGCUCUUCGAUUUUCUAUGCAAUUAGCAAAACAGGUGUAGAUUAGAACAGUAUUUGAAGUUGAAGCAUUCAGGAAAAAAAAUGGGAGGGGUUUGUUCAGGAGGUACUACUAAGCGAAGCAUAAAACCUGAAGGAAAUAGUACUUUGGGAUUUUCUGGGAAACUGAAGAAAACGAACAGCGCUGUUAAGCCGAAAGAGAAGUCGUAUUCAUACUCUGAUGCAUAUAAUUCCGGUAAAACACAGCAGACUUACGGUCCCGACGAUCGACGAUUGUCGUUUUCUAGCGAAUUAAAGCCGUCAACACCGGCCAGAACGGGAGUUACCAAGGUAGCACAAAAGAGCUCAGUCAUAGGAAGAGCUGGCAUUGUUGGACUGGAGAGGGCAGUAGAAGUAUUAGAUACACUUGGAAGUAGCAUGUCGAAUUUGAAUGCCAGUGGUGGCUUUAUCAGUGGCGUGACAAGGGGGAAUAGAAUAUCGAUUUUGGCAUUUGAAGUGGCUAAUACAAUUGCUAAGGGUGCAAAUUUAUUUCAAUCACUUUCAGAAGAAAAUGUCCAGUUACUGAAGAAAGAUAUUUUAAAUUCUCAAGGAGUUCAACUAUUAGUUUCCACAGACAUGAAGGAGUUGCUAAGUAUCGCCGCAUCUGAUAAAAGGGAAGAGCUUGAUGUUUUUUCACGGGAAGUGAUUAGAUUUGGAGAUCUAUGUAAAGAUCCACAGUGGCACAACCUCCAUCGCUUCUUUUCCGGAUUAGAUUCAGAGAAUUCGAUUCACACACAGCAAAGAGCAGGGGCAGAAAUGGCGAUGCGGGAGUUAACUGUUCUUGCUCAACACACUUCCGAACUAUACCAUGAAUUUAAUUCUUUGGACAGAUUUGAACAAGAUUACCAGCAAAAGGUUGAGGAAGUGGAAGCCUUGAAUCUCCAACGAAGAGGAGAGAGUCUUAAGAUUUUACACAGUGAGUUAAAACAACAAAGAAAGCUUGUAAAGACCUUGAAAAAGAAAUCUCUUUGGUCUAGAAAUUUGGAGGAGAUUGUGGAGAAGCUUGUAGACAUUGUUACUCAUACACAUCAAGCAAUCUCUGAAGCUUUUGGCAAUAAUGGUCUGGUGUUUAGUGCCAAUCAAAGGAAAGAUCCUUCAAGGCUGGGUAUCGCUGGUCUUGCAUUACACUAUGCCAAUGUCAUCAAUCAGAUAGAUAACAUUGCAUCUCGACCCACCUCCCUCCCUCCAAAUAUGAGGGACACAUUAUACAAUGGGUUGCCAAACAGUGUCAAGACAGCUUUACGAUCCCGAUUGCAGGCUCUUGAUGCAAAAGAACAGCUUUCAGUUUCUCAGAUUAAGGCUGAAAUGGAAAAAACUCUUCACUGGCUGGUUCCAGUUGCUACCAAUACUAACAAAGCACAUCAGGGUUUUGGAUGGGUUGGAGAAUGGGCAAAUUCUGGUCCGGAAUUCGGCAAGAGCACAAAUGCGCACAACAGCAUGAUUCGUCUUCAGUCACUUUAUCAUGCUGAUAAGCAGAAAACAGAUCUAUACAUCCUCGAACUGGUCACAUUGCUUCACCAACUAAUUUUCAUAGUUAGACAUAAAGACAAUGGAUCAAAGCUUCCACCUGCAAGGUCUCCAACUCGGAAGGGAGUGAAUUUACCGGGCAGAAUGCAAAGGCUUCUAUCCUUGGAUUUUGGUAUUAAAUCUCACAAAGCUCAACUGUCACAGGAAGAUAGAAAUUUGUUGGAUGAUGUGACGGGGAGGAGGAAAGGGAUCUUAGGAGUGAGCAAAAGUCAGGAGUUUAUUAUUGUGAAGAAGAGAGAUAACAGGUUUUGGGCUUUGAGUAGGAGCACAGGGAGUUCACCUAAUAGGGAGAUGGCUGCGAGACGAAACUCGGAGCAUUGCAACAAUGUUUUGGAUGUUAUGGAUGGAUUAGAUACGACAUUUUGAGAGCCUAAAACACCACAUUCAUGGUUCAUUAUUUUUCUUGUCAAUUAUACCAAAGUUUCGUUGUAAAUAUAUCUGAAUGUGAGCGAGUUCUCAUCUUGUAUAUAACUUUUAUACAUGGUGCUUUAGUAUUAUACUAUAAUAUAUUUUUUAAUAAAAAAAAUUAGACUAUUAAAAUUA